GAAGAAACGCUGGUUCGUCCUGCGCAGCGGUCGGAUGAGUGGCGACCCCGACGUUCUGGAGUAUUACAAAAAUGACCACUCCAAGAAACCUUUGCGUGUCAUCAACCUUAAUUUCUGUGAGCAAGUGGACGCAGGCCUGACCUUCAACAAGAAGGAGCUGCAAGACAGCUACAUCUUCGACAUCAGGACCAAUGACAGGACCUUCUACCUGGUGGCUGAGACCGAGGACGACAUGAACAAGUGGGUUCGCAGCAUCUGCCAGAUCUGUGGCUUCAACCAGUCUGAGGAGAACACAGAUACCCUGAGAAGCAUCACCUCCAUGAACCACGCGCCACGGUCCUCCCCAGCAGAGCUCAGCGGUGCCAGCCACCACCUCCUGCGAGAGCGCAAGUCCUCAGCACCGUCCCACUCCAGCCAGCCCACCCUGUUCACCUUCGACUCGCCCGCCAGCCACCUCCAGAGUACCCUGUCUGCCAGUGCCCCCCAGGACUACCUUUUCCUCCAUCAGUGUAUGAGCAGAAAGUCAGAAAACGCAAGGAGUGCCAGCUUCUCCCAAGCCUCAAGGUCUGCUUUCUUCAUGCGGAGUGAUACGGCUGUCCAGAAACUCUCACAGGGCAACGGACACUGCAUGAAUGGGGUCAGCGGGCAGCUCCAUGGCUUUUACAGCCUGCCGAAACCCAGCCGGCACAACUCGGAGUUCAGGGACAGUGCAUAUGACCUCCCGCGCGCCUUUGGUUCCUACACCCACCCCAAGUCAAGCCUCACCAGCUCCGAAACAGAUAAUGAGGAGGUCUACACCUACAAGACUCCCAACAACACCCUAUGCAAGGAGUUUGGGGAGCUCUCCACAGACUCCUAUGACAUCCCUGCCACCCCGCUCUCCAUCUACCAGAUCCCCAGGACAUUUACACUGGACAAGAACCACAAUGCUCUGGCCAUGGCCGCCAGUGACUCACCCGCUGCACCACCCCCACGGCCCCCAAAACCUGGACAGAUGGAGCCACGGUGGGGCAGCCCACCCCAGCGGCCCCAGCCUGGUGAAAGCUUAGGACUGGGCCCCACAGCAGCCACUAUUCCCCGGAGAAACACGUUGCCAGCAGUGGAGAACAGCAGGCUGCACCGAGCUUCUUCUUGUGAGACGUACGAGUACCCCCAGCAUGGGGGUGGCAGCUCUGUGCAGUCAGUCGAGUCGAUGAACGAUGGAUACAACUCCUACCUGCAAGCCAAGGCAGCGGUGGCCCGCUCCCACAGCACCGACUCUGAGGACAACUACGUCCCCAUGAACCCUGGUUCCUCACCCCUGAUCCAUGCUGAGAAAGCCAAUGACAAUGCCCAAAAUCUCUACAUCCCCAUGAGCCCUGGGCCGCAUCACUUUGACCUGGUAGGGUUGUCCUCGGCCACCCUUCCUGUGCAUAAAGGAGGAGCCAUGGCGCAGUGCCACAGACGGUUGAGCGAAAUCCAGCCCCCUCCAGUCAACCGCAACCUCAAACCCAACCGUAAAGCAAAGCCAUCGCCACUGGACCUGAGGAACAACACUGUCAUUGAUGAGCUACCCUUCAAAUCACCAGUCACAAAAUCUUGGUCCAGGCCAACCCAGAGCUUCAACGCCGGCUCUUUGCAAUACUGUCGCCCUGUCUCCUCCCAGAGCAUCACCAGCACUGACUCGGGAGACAGCGAGGAGAACUACGUGGCAAUGCAAAACCCCAUUUCUGCUUCUCCUGUUCCUAGUGGCACCAACAGCCCAGCACCUAAAAAGAGUUCGGGGAGUGUGGAUUAUCUUGCCCUGGACUUCCAGCCAAGCUCACCAGGGCCACACAGAAAG